ACAUAAGUGAAGUCUAAUCCAAACCCCUUCACGUUACAUUGUUUUCCACCCACCCACCUAUCUGUCUUUUUCUUUUUCCUUUUCCUUUUAUUAUUUCCAUUACAUAAAACUAAAUCAUAUAAUCCAAAUUAACCUUCAUAAAACCAACUUUUGUUUCAUAAUAACAUCAAUCAUUAUCUCUUUCAUUCUUCUACCAAUUUGUCUCCUAAUAUCUUGUUUAGCAAGAAACGCAACACAACAACUAAUCAUUGCUUUAUUUGUAGUACAUCAUUUAGAAACUACUAUCUUAUAACCAAAAUUUAUUUGACCAAUUGAUUUUCAUAUUUUCAAUGGGAAAAGGAAGUGGUUGCAUACCAAGCAAGAAAAAAGUACCAAUCAAUGAUCCAGAAGAGAAUGAACCUCUUAGUGUUGAAAGCCAAAUUAUUCCACAAAAUGAAACAACAAGUAGAGACAUAGAUGUAGCAACAACAUCAUCAGAAGUGAAAAAAUUAAAAGUUUACAUUGUUUUUUACUCAAUGUAUGGUCAUGUUGAAUCAUUAGCAAGAUCAUUGAAAAAAGGGGUUGACUCUGUUGAUGGUGUUGAAGGAGUUUUGUACCGUGUCGUCGAGACUUUGUCUAAGGAAGUGUUGGAAUUGAUGAAAGCACCUGAGAAGGUUGAUGAUGGGAUUCCUUUGAUAUCUGCUGAGAAUUUGGUUGAGGCUGAUGGGCUGUUGUUCGGUUUUCCGACUAGGUUUGGGAGUAUGGCGGCGCAGAUGAAGGGGCUUUUUGAUUCGACAGGGCAGUUGUGGAAGGAACAGAAGCUUGCUGGUGUUCCUGCUGGUUUCUUUGUUAGUACUGGUACUCAAGGUGGUGGCCAAGAAACUACAGCGUGGACAGCAAUAACACAAUUAGUUCAUCAUGGAAUGUUAUAUGUUCCAAUUGGAUAUACUUUUGGUGCUGGAAUGUUUGAAAUGGAUUCAAUUAGAGGUGGAUCUCCAUAUGGUGCUGGAGUUUAUGCUGGAGAUGGAUCAAGACAAGCAACUGAUGCUGAGUUGGCACUUGCUGAGUAUCAAGGUAGAUACAUGGCUAAUAUAGUCAAGAAGUUAGGCCAAAAAAGCUAGAAUAUUCUCUUGAAAAGUUAAAAAAGUUUCAUUCAAUAUUAUAUGAUGAUAUUAUUCAAAUUGAAACGUUGUUGUGUUUAUUGUUGGUGGUUUAAGAUUGGUAUAGGAUCAUGAACCUUGUCCUUCUUUUUUGGGGAAAAAAUAAUGUACACAUUGUAAACUUCAUAAUUUUGUGAUCCUGUGCUAUUUUUAAUAAAUUUAUGAUUGAGGAGAGUUUCAUGGGAAA